UGGAACAAAGUCUAGGGCUUACCAUAAAAAGUAAAAAUCUAAAUCUAUGCCUAAAAGUAGUCAUUGUAAAUGUGAAGAAGUGAUUAUAUGCGUGUUUACUGUUUACAAUCAAAAUAUGAUCUAUUAUUAUUUUUCGUUAUUAAAUUAUAUACAUUGAAGUGCGUACAAUGAACAUGAUUUUUUAGUGGUUGUGUAAAAUAAUAUAAUUUGUCUCGCAUUAUUUUGUCGAAGCAUCAUCACCCGGUGUGAAGAUGUCGGGCGGCACAACAGGCGCACUGCUGUACUCGGUGAGCGCGGCCGUGCUGGGCAUGUUCCAGUUCGGCUACAACACUGGCGUCAUCAACGCGCCGCGCACCUUCAUCGAGAACUUCAUCAGAGAACAGUACGAUGCUAGCCCAGCUCUCAUAUUCAGCGUGAUCGUCAGUAUCUUCGCCGUCGGUGGCAUGAUCGGCUGCCCGCUCGCCAGCUGGAUGCUAGAAAAGUUCGGGAGACAGAAGGCCCUACUCUUUAAUGCUGCAUUCGGUGUUCUCGGCGCAGUGUUAAUGGGAUUCAGUAAAAUGGCAUCGUCCGUUGAAAUGCUUAUCAUCGGCAGAUUCCUGAUUGGAAUCAAUUGCGGCUUUGCUACCACUGCGUCACCCACAUAUGUGUCAGAAAUCGCCCCCUUAAAUAUGCGGGGUGCUUUCGGCACAGUCAAUCAGUUGGCCGUAGCAUUUGGAAUGAUCUUCGGACAAAUUCUAGGCAUUGACGUGAUACUCGGCAGUAAUGAAGGCUGGCCAUGGUUAUUCAAACUUGCUGUGCUCCCUUCAGCAAUACAGUGUUUUAUGUUGCCGUUCGCUCCCGAAUCUCCAAGGUUCUUAUUGCUCGGUGUACGCGACGAGGAGAGAGCGAGAGAAGCGCUGACUAAAAUAAGAGGAAAUAGUGAAAUUGAAAAUGAAAUUAAUGAUAUGCACGCGGAAGAUCAGGCAGCUAGACAAGAGGAGAAGUUCACUAUUAUGGACUUGUUCAGAAUUCAGGCUUUAAGAACUCCACUUGUAAUCGGUAUCGUCAUGCAUCUCUCCCAACAAUUGGGUGGUAUUAACGCGGUCUUAUACUACUCCGCGACGAUAUUCGUCAGUGCUGGCCUCACAGAGGAGGAUGCAAGAUUGGCUGUCAUUGGUGUGGGCAGCACUUUGUUCGUGAUGGCUUUAGUAUCGAUACCUUUGAUGGAUCGGUUAGGAAGGCGCACUCUUCAAUUGGUCGGUCUUGGUGGUAUGACGGUCUUCUCCGUUCUCAUGACAAUAGCAUUCUUCACUUAUGAAAACAACAAGACCAUGAGCAUCUUCGCAGUUAUUUUCACGUUCCUAUACGUGGCGUUCUUCGGCGUUGGUCCUAGCUCGAUUCCUUGGAUGAUUCUUUCCGAGUUGUUCGGUCAGGGCGCGAGGAGUGCGGCUGUCAGUCUCGGUGCGCUUGUCAACUGGUUUGCCAAUUUCAUUGUUGGUUUGUCUUUCAUCCCUAUGUCUGACGCUUUAGGCAACUUCGUAUUCCUACCUUUCACAGUUCUUUUGAUUCUGUUCUUCGCCUUUACAUACUUCAAAUUACCAGAAACUAAAAACAGGACCAUCGAGGAAGUCACGGCUCUCUUUAAAAAGUAGUUCCGAAUUUAUUACAUUCCUUAGAAUAAGCGUACCAGUUAUUAUGUAAGUUUUACCAUUGUGAUUGUUAUUUAAUGAACGUAAUUGUAGAGCCUGACUGUAAGCUGAUAGGGUAUAUGAAAAAGUGUGGCUUAGUUUGUAGGUCACACGUGUUUCGACUAUUUUUAUCGAUUUUAAACCUUACAAGUGUGAACUGAAACACUAAUUUUACCUGCCAGUGGUGGAGAUAAAUAAUAACCUCUAUUUCAAGUCAAAAGUUUUGGCCUUGUAUUUAUCAACUAGCACACAAGAAGCGAUGCAGAUCUGAUGUUUGUACCUAAAGGCACAUCAUGCUAUGUAAUAUUUGGCAACUUCGCUCGUGUUGUGCGAGAUUUUGCAAUGAAUACGAGGAUUUUGGACAAGUAUUAGUAAAAAAAAACAUACUCUCUUGGCUUACAUCAGGUGGAGUACUUUGUGUAUCCCUUCCAUCACUUUGUGUAAAUGACUAAGACUGAUCAUGACACUUAAUACACAAAAGUUUAUACCUUCUUGAUAUUAUAAACAAUGUACUUAUUUAUAAUAUACACGGAAAUAUUAUUGUCUAUUGUUCGUUGGCAAACAUUUGUAGUUGUAGCCAAUGUUGGAACAAAUGUUCCUAUGUCAAAUCGCAGCACUUUGUAGAAUAUAUUAACCGCUGAUUGUUUUUGUUAAUGCAAUUUGUUUCCAAAGGUUCGAGGACCAAUGUUUUUAUAUUUUUACAUUUUAUAUUUUUUGAAGUGCAAUAAUGAAAUCAAAUGGCAACUGUUAUGAAGACAAAUUUACAAUCAAGAACUUUCGGUAUAAUUGUUAGAAAUAUAUUUUUAAUCAAUUUA